UUGGCUGCGGUGGCUGCCGCUCGCGGCGCGCGGGCGGUGGCGGCGGGCGGCGGCGGGCCGGAGGUCACUCGGCACGGGGGCGCAGCAUGGCCGCAGCGGUGGUGCACAGGGGACCUGCGGGCUGGUGGCGCUGGCACCGGCGGGUGAUGGUGUGUUCUAGGACUAUGGCUUCCAAAACCCCAGUUGGAUUCAUUGGGCUGGGUAACAUGGGAAAUCCAAUGGCAAAAAACCUGGUAAAGCAUGGAUAUCCAGUUAUUGUGUAUGAUGUCUUCCCAGAAGCUUGCAAAGAAUUUCAAGACUUGGGUGCUCAGGUAACAGAAUCCCCAGCAGAUGUAGCAGAAAGAGCAGACAGAAUUAUUACCAUGCUGCCUUCUAGUCCCCAUGCAAAAGAAGUUUACACAGGAGGAAAUGGAAUUCUAAAGAAAGUGAAGAAAGGCUCAUUGCUAAUAGAUUCCAGCACUAUAGAUCCAGCAGUUUCAAAAGAAUUAGCCAAAGCUGCUGAAAAAACAGGAGCAGUUUUCAUGGAUGCCCCAGUUUCUGGAGGUGUUGGAGCUGCUCGAGCUGGAAACCUUACUUUCAUGGUUGGUGGAGUGGAACAAGAAUUUAAUGCUGCCAAAGAGUUGCUGACAUGCAUGGGUUCUAAUGUGGUUUACUGUGGAGAGGUUGGAACCGGACAGGCUGCAAAGAUCUGUAACAACAUGCUCUUGGCCAUCAGUAUGAUUGGAACUGCUGAGACUAUGAAUCUUGGAAUCAGAUUAGGCCUUGACCCAAAGCUGCUGGCCAAAAUCCUAAAUAUGAGCUCAGGUCGCUGUUGGUCAAGCGAUACGUACAACCCUGUUCCUGGAGUGAUGGAAGGAGUACCCUCAGCUAACAAUUACCAAGGUGGCUUUGGAACAACACUCAUGGCUAAGUGAGACCCCAGAUGGAGUGCUGCGUCCUGCUCUGGGGCCCCCAGCAGAAGAAGGCCAUGGACCUGCUGGAGUGAGUGCAGAGGAGAGUGGUGAAGAUUGUCAGAGGGUUGGGUAAUCUCUGCUAUGAAGAAAAGCUCUGAGAGUUGAGGCUGUUCAUCCUGGGGAAGAGAAGGCUCUGGGAAGAUCUUAUAGCACCUUCCAAGACUUAUAGAAAGCCUACAAGAAACGUGGAGUGUGACUUUUGGAAGUGUAGCAACAGGAUAAGGGCUAAUCACAUCAAACUGAAAAAGAGUAGAUUUAGAUUAGAUAUUAGGAAGAAAUUCUUCACUAUGAGGGUGGUGAGGCACUGGCACAGUUGCCCAGAGAAGUUGUGGAUGCCGCAUGCCUGGAAGUGUUCAAGGCCAAGUCGGAUGGAGCUUGGAGUAGCCUGGUCAAGUGGAAGAUGUCCCUUCCCAUGGUCAGGGGCUUGGAAUUAGAUGAUCCUUAAGGUCCCUUCCAACCCAAAUCACCAAAAAACAGGAAAAAAUAAAAAACCAAAAAACCCACAGCAGAUUCUAUAAACCACCAUAGUUCUGAGUGGAUAGGAAAUCUAGGCAUUUCCUAGUAAUACUUGAGAGGUUCUUUUGCAACUUUCUUUAAAUAUAGACCCCAAACAUUGAUUUUAUUAACAAGACCAUAAAGGCAACCUUCAGUGCAGGCAUUACUUUACUACUUAGUCAAGAGAUCUUUAUAUAUAUAUAUACAGGCACUUGUUAGUGCUUCCUUCUUUGGGUUGUUUUAUGUCUGAUUCAGCUUAGAGUUCAAGACAUCCUACAGCCUAGCUAGCACCUGACUAUUUCUGGCUCACUAUGGUUAGUCAUAGUACCUGGUACUCACCUUUGGGUUCUGCCAUAUUGAUUUCAGAUUAUAACUGUAGUUGACCAAGGAGGACAAUCAAAUUUGUCCUCUUUGAACCUUCCCUCCCUUUUGUUGACCCAAAUACAGUAUUUAAAAACACAGUGGAACUAGUCUCUAAGUGCCUCUAUUAAAAAAAGUCAUUGAAGUCACUCAAGAAGAAUAUUGAGCUGUAGCAGAUCCAGGACUGCCCCAUAAGCAACUCUCUAAUACAUCCUUCCAGUUAGGCAGCAAACCAGUUGUAUUCACUAAGUGACUUAUGAGUCUCAUUUUGCUAUUAACUGUUUAAAUUAUAGUAGAUGUAUAUUUGCUAUUUGGCUUCCAUUUUCUUGUUCUUGAAAUAUCUUCUGCCUGAUUUUUAACCUGUUUAUAGUAAUAAAAAUUCCUCUUGCCAAAAGAACUAAAUUAUACUCUUAGAAUCUAUGUGAAAUGCUUCAAUGAAUAGCCAAGGAGAUUUUCUUACUAGAGAUUAUAUACUCAAUGGGGAAAAAGAGUCUGAGUCUUGCUGCCAGGUUAUAUAGUGAUCUAGAAUCUUAAAAUUCCUCCCGUUCUUAAGGUGGUGCCUGCCUGGCAAAGUCUGAGGUUUUUCUGUUGACUA